CAACACUGGUGCCUCAUCAACAGCCGCACCAAAACAUUAACUUUUUUUUAUAAAAGAGCAACAGAAAACACCCAAAUGGUGGUGUCAACGGCCUUGGCCCUACAACUGUGAAUAAACUACGAGAGUGGAGCUAUCUUGGAGCACCCCAAAAUGCAACAUAUACCACUGUUCCGAACAGAGCGCAGAUAGAGAGCAAACAUUGACAUAACACGUCAACGAUUGGGUGACGAGACGAGCGAGGAAAUAUCCGGUGGAGAAGCAUACGGCGCGGGAACAGCACCGCGGGGCAUGUGUAAUGGCCACAACGCGACCAGCCGGCGACUCAGCUGCCGCUCCUGAGCCAGGAUCCGCCGCCUCCAGGAAGCUAUCCACCGCCAGUGGAAGUGGUGGGGUUGCGGGCGGAAUUUCGGCCAGCUGGCAGAGCUGCUACUACUGCACCCGAGAGCAUUUCAAGUCCAUUGGCGAGUUUGUCAAUCAUCUGCGAUCUCGACACUGCACGCGUGAAGGAGGCUCCUUUGUGUGCCGAUAUGGCUUCAAUGGCGUGUGUGCCUCACUGCCCUUGGAUGGAGUAUCGGAUAGAGACUACGACGCCCAUGUCGCCAAGUAUCAUGUGAAUCAGCAAACGCGGGAGAUGCCGCCCGAGUGGGGAGUCUAUUCGGCGGCCCAGAAUCUGCCCGCUGUGCUGAACGAUCCGUCGCGAGGGAAGCAGAGCAACCUAUUCACCAAGAAGUGGGGCGAGCAUUUCGUGGAACGUAGCCAUAUACCCGCCUCUCCGCGAUUGCCGGAUAUAACCCAUGCCGACUUCGCCGUUUAUCUGGGCAGCAUUGGGAAACGGUAUCGGUGGCACGAGCGAAGGCAGCAGCAGCUGGAAAGGGACAAACCCUUGGAGAAUGGUUCCCCAGGGACACCGGUAUCGGGAUUGGGCUCUCAGUCGCCCUCCCACCUGGGCUCUGUGCCAGAGAUCUUCCUAAAAUCUCAGCUGCAACUGCACCACCCGCCCACAUUUAAGCAGGUCUUUCCAAACUAUAUGCAGACAUCUGCGUCUAGUCCGGAAAGUCACCAGCAAACCGGGCGCCAGUUGCAGGAGCAGUUGAGUCACUACUUGGAUAUGGUGGAGGUGAGGAUUGCCCAGCAGGUGUCCCAGAAGUCGGCCGCCUUCUUCCACGCAAUGACCACACAGCACGCCAUAAUGGCCGAAAUGGAGCAAGCUGCAGAGCAAGUGCGACAGCUCAGGGCGGCGCUGUCGGAGCUGCACAGCCACUCGGUGGUGGACAGCUUCAAGGUGUUGCGCUAUGCCCAGCGCAGGCAGCACUACAACCUCACCCUGGACAAGCUCCGACUGAUGGCCACGGUGCACAAGACGCAGCCCAUGCUCCAGCUCCUGCUGGGCACCCAAGACUAUGUGGCGGCAUUGGAUUUGAUCGGCACCACCCAGGAGAUCCUUUCCGCCGAACUGCUAGGCGUCCACUGCUUCAAGCAUCUUCCAAUGCAGCUCAGCGAGAUGGAAAAGCUGAUAGACAAGAUGCUUACCACGGAGUUCGAACGCUACGCUGCCUCGGAUCUGAAUCGUCCGCUGACCGACGCCUUGAGGGAAACGGACAGCGUGUGCGCCGAGGAGGACAAGCUGGUGGCCAUAGUGAUGGGUCUUCUGCGAAAGCAGAACUUUACUUUCGUUCAGUCGUACCAGCAGGAGGCCAUUGCCACCAUCAGGGCCAUCAUCAAGCAGCUGUUGAUCGAGGUCCUGGCGCGGAGUGACAGCGACCAGGAGAUCAGUCUGACGGGCCACGGCGAACAGGCCUUGGAGCUCACCCUGCCCGAGUGGAUCGCCUUGCUCCAGCGCUCCAGCCAGGCGCUGGUUUCCAUUCUCGAACGCAUCAAGGCUGUGGUCGGUAUAAUGCAGCAAACGGCGGAUGCAGCUGUGGGCGCUCAGGAUGCAGUUAAUCUGAUAGACUCCGAGGCUUUCCUCAGCCCGGCACAUCAUGAGCAGCUGCGCUCCCAGUUGCAACAGCUCCUUCAGGCCGUGUGCCACUACUGCCACGAACGCUGCGCCAACAUUGUUUCUCCGCAGAGCUUGGAGAAGAGUUCGGCCAGCGAGCAGGAGCUCACCCAGCUCUCGGAAAUUGUGGACCAAUUCGGUGAGACGACGCGGAGCAUCUGUGGAGUGGCCAGUGUGCCGCUUCAGCUGGCCCUGAAAGUCCAAGCGUCGCGCUACGCUCAAAGAUUCCACUCGGAUCGCAAGCAGAAGCUCUCUUUGCUGCUGGACCAGGAGCGCUGGCGUCAGGUGGACAUACCGCAGGAGUUCCAGCGCAUCAUCGAGCGGAUGGCGGCCGGAGACUACGCCAAGUCGGAGCCGAGCACCUACAUUGCCAAUGGUGGGGGCAAUCCUGUGCUCCUGGUGGAGGGGAAGCAGCCCUAUGCCUUAGUCAGCGCCUCGCUGAUGCUCAUCCGGAUGCUGUAUGAGUAUGGGGGAAGUGCUCACCGUUUGCCUCUGCUGGCCAGCUACCAUGCCCGGAACGUGGUGGACCUGCUGAGGUGUUUCAACUCGCGCAGUUGCCAGCUCAUCAUCGGAGCAGGAGCGAUGAGGGUGGCGGGCUUGAAGACCAUCACUAGCACGAACCUGGCGCUGGUUUCCCGGGCACUGCAGCUGGUCCUGUGGCUGCUACCCAAGCUGAAGGAGCACUUCCAGGCGAUGAGCGGCUACGAGGCCAUCGAGCGGGACUACCAGGGCCACAUCAAAGAGAUCGAAAACAAGAUCCAUGGCAUCGUGUCCGAGAGGUUGGCUGCCCAGCUGGAUGCCUGGGAGGCCAGACCGCCCAUUCCUUCGCAGACCUUCCGCCACAUCUCCAGGCACUUGGUGAAGCUGCACGAAGCCAUCGCUGGAGUGCUGCCGGAAGCACAGAUCCACGAGAUCUACGGUGUGGUGCACCGUAACUUUAAGGACAAGCUGCGGGAACAGUUGCUCAAGUUGAAUGUCAACAACAACGGAGGACCCCAGCACGGGGUGGUCACCUCGGAGCUGACCUUCUACAUGGAGACGCUGCGCACGCUUAAAGCUCUGCCCGCCGAUCAGCUGGACAACGGAAUCCUGGAAGAGAUCUGGCUCUAUUGAGCAUUCCGAAGUAUUCCACAUUCUAUUCUUGUUAACCUUGUUUUAUUUUUAAGAACCCCAGAUGCCGCAUACUGUCGUUUAGCCUUUAGCCAACUUGUAUUCUUGUGUCUAUAUCCUGUUCGCCACUGUAUAUUGCUGGUAGUUUCCUAUUCCGCCCUUUAGCCAAAUGUUGGAAAGUAUUUCUAUUUUGUUGCACACUUUUUACAAUAACCCUAAGUGGAAAGUCGGAGGAAAGGCUUAUGAUUAAAAUAUAUAGAAAAUAAACAGAA